AGAAGAAAACGUGCCUCAUCUUUGCUUGUUAAAACAAACCGCUAAACUCUAUUGAUAGUGAUUCUUUUACUUAAAGUCGUGUUGCUUGUUACACAAAAUUAAAUAUAAUAAUAAAGUUAUACAGCGAAAGUUUCUACACUCUCUUUUCAAGCUGAUCAAUUUUUUAGUUUAUAAUUAUAGAAAAAAUGGCGACCUUCACAAAAAGUCUUUCACUUACAAAAGUUUCCUUCAAGUGUCUACAGCAAGUUUUUUGUCCACAAUUUCAAGCAUAUUCAUCAUGUCGUUCAGUAUUACAGAUCACUUCAACACACAGAACACCUGCAUGUUGUUGGUCUAUGUUUCACACAAGUUCUCUACAAGUGAGCUACAGAAACACAGAAUUUGAGGAUGAACCCCUAAAGAAAGUUGGCAGGGCAAGAUUGGUUCCUCCCAACUGGACCAAAUACAACACUGUUGUCUAUAAACCAACUCCAAUUGGUGAACCAGAGAGGCCUGCAGAAAUAUGUCACUUCAGAAUGAACAUCAAAUACAGUACCAAAAAAAUGUGGUAUAUUGCCCAAAUGAUUAGAGGUUUCUCCAUUGAUGAGGCUAUCAAACAAUUGGCAUUUCACAAACGUAAAGGAGCUGCUCAUGUUAAAGAGGUGCUGGAAGAGGCCCAAGAGAUGGCUGUCAGAGAUCAUAAUGUUGAAUUCAAAUCUAAUUUGUGGAUAAGUGAUUCAUUUUGUACCAGAGGAAUCAUUGUUAAAGGCUUAAGACGGCAUGCUCGAGCUCGUUAUGGAAUUAUUCAGUACAGAUACACAAAUUUCUUUGUCAGACUGAGAGAAGGGAAACCACCCAAACAUUACUAUCCACCAGAGAUGACAGGCAAUGAACUGAUGGAGAGAUAUAUACAAAAACAAAGAGAGAGAAGACUAUUAUAUGGUCUUUAGCUCCAGCAGCUUUUGUUAGAGAAACAAGAAAUAAAUGUUCUGUUUCAAAUA